AUGAAAGACUGGAUCUCACCUGUAUAUGCUUUCUUUGACUCAACUCCCAAGAUUGUUGAGGAGAAUGGCCAGUGGGCACACAUCUUUAAACGUUACCUCAACAAAGGUGAUGCGCGCUCAACAGGAAACAUGCGCAAACACAUUCGAUCGUGCUGGGGAGAAGAAGUAUUAAAGGGAAAGGGAAAAAUAAUGUACUCACAUCAUCAGCAUAUGAAGGCUGAGACAAAGUAUGGAUUUCAGUCACUUAUGAAAACAGGAACACCAGAAUAUUACAUACCGUCAAAGUCCACUGUCUCAAGGGAUGUGCGGCUUGUUUGUGCACGAACUCGCCAACGAAUUGCUAAAAUAGUGAUGGAAUAUGCAGGCAGGCUCAAUUUUGUAACUGAUGCUUGGACAUUGCCCAACCACCAUGCCUUCAUUGCAGUAUUGGUCCACUUGGAGCAUAAUGGUGUGCCGCUAUGCUUUCCGUUAGAUGUGGUUGAAGUACUGAAGGUAGGGAAAUCACUCACAGAAAGGAUGUUGCUAAUCCAGUAA